AUGACUUCUCGACUUCGGCGUGUAAACCAGUGGCUUCUCUUCUCAAGGCAAUGGCAUGUUAUUGACGGUUCAAAUCAGGUAACUUUCUUUUUGUAUUAUUGUAAUCUUACAUUUAGGAUGUGUUUGCACUUGGAGACUUGGCAGCCCGGCAUUUAAGUGGGAAAUGGAAACCAAUUUACCAUCCUUUAACGGAUUGUGGAGAUAAUGUUGUUAUAAUUAAUUGUAAAGAUGUCGCGAUGCAUGCGUUCAAUUGGAAACACAUGAUGUUCCACUUUAACAAGGUCAGUGAAGUGUUCAUUAAAGAAAAUUUUUUGGCUAUUUUAUAUUAUCCAUGUUUCAGGAAUACCCCAAGAGUAAAAACGACAUUCCGGCCUUUGAAAUCCACGAGUUUGAGCCAACAAGGAUAGCGUUUGCUGCAGUCUACAAAGCUCUAGGUCGAACACCGAUCCGUCGAAGUCAGAUUGAACGUCUCCAUCUUUUCGCUGACGAUGAAAUGCCCGAAUUCAUUAGGAAAAACAUUGGAAAUCAACUGCGACAAGUGCAAAAGGUACCGAAAAAGUCGACAGAAUACACGGAUGAAGAACGGGCGAACUUCCCACUACUGUUUAAACGAAGGCCGGAUCAUUUAUUGGAUUGGGAAAAUCCUCCACCAGUCAUUGAAAGGCACGAAAGCAGAAAGUAGAUUAGGAUAGUACCGUUUUUGUUAUUAAUGUUUCGUUGUUUUUGAAUAAAGUGAAAAGUAGAACUGUGAUUGAGUUUGUGUUCGAGCCGGGGUUACAUUUUAUCCUAUUAUCUUGCGGGAAUUUUACUAACUAUAAUUUUAGUUAGAUUUUUUAUGGAGUUUUGAAGUAAUCUUACAUUAGGAGAAUCCUUAACUUUUUUUGGUCACUAAAUUACUCCACAAAUUUCUGGGUAGCUUAGAAUAAAGACGACUUCUUUCGUACCGCUGAUUUUAUGCUUCUAAGUCCACUAAAAACCAAAAAUUUGUUUGGUUUGAGCACUGAAAGGGGUUGCUUUUUUCGUAAAGGCCCGUUUUCCCCGCAUCGAAACGAGAAAGAAAAGGAGCGGAGUGCGUGCUUCCGUGGCGCAAUCGGUUAGCGCGUUCGGCUGUUAACCGAAAGGUUGGUGGUUCGAGUCCACCCGGGAGCGAGUACCUUUUUGCCUCUAUUUUUGUCUCCUUUUUGUAAUUGAGAAGUACAGGAUUUUUGUGGUUCCGCAUUUACAUGAACAUCACGAGUCCUUACAGCGGUUGUUUCAUCAAUUAUUUUUGUUUCAGAUGUUAUUACCGACACCUUCGCAGGUCUUCAGACUUCUCGGUUCAAGAACAAAUUUACAGUAUGCUUUCCACAGAACAUUGUCCACAAAACCUGAAGAUGUCCAGUUUAAGCCUUUGACCGAAAACCAGUUUGAUCGAAUAUCCGAGGAGACUUUGGAGAAUUUGAGUGAAUAUUUUGAUGCACUUCCAGAGAAAGUUCCCAUCUCCAUGGAUUAUGAUGUCUCUUACUCGAUGGGAGUCUUGACUGUAGUAUUAGGACAUCCUGGAACUUAUGUUAUCAACAAACAGACUCCUAACAAACAGAUCUGGCUGUCUUCUCCUUUAUCGGGACCUCAAAGGUAAAGUCAUUAAGUGGAAUUGAAUGUAAUCAUGUUACAAUUGUAGAUACGACUAUGUUCAGAACCACAAAUGGAUUUACAAACGGACUGGAACUUCACUUCAUGAGCUUCUGGAGCGGGAACUUUGCGCGAUUUUCGAUCAAAAGCACCUAGGGAUUCAGAAACUUGAGGAAAAGAGUGUAUAA